GAGGCAAGUCGCACGGAAAAACCCCCGACGUUGUCACGUACGUGGUCGUGCUUUGCGAUCUAUCUAUUCAUAACUACUAAGUAGAGAUGAAACAACUGGAUGUCGAUCAGAGCCCUGCUAGCCAAGCACUUCUUACCCGCGUUCAGCGGCCACUUGUCCAUAGCGCUGCCGCAAAGGUCCCUUACCAGUGGAGAAUGCGGCGAUCUGAUGGCUGGAGGGCUUGACGCCAUCCCUUUGGUUCAAUGGCGUUUUAGCAUCCUGGUUGCGUUUUCCCUAGCCCGUCCAGGGACUCGUCCUGACCCACGAGGGCCCCGGCCACUUGGUCCUGACCAUCCACUCGUCCUCUGCUUCGCUACGGCAUACGGAUGCGACCGCAACAUCAGGUGGUCUCUUCGAACAAUAGACCACAAUGGAAAUUGUCCAUGGUCCAGAAGGAAGCACAGAAGCCGGGAACAAGAUCUUGCCAUACACAAAGAGCCGAUGGCAACGGCUGUCCUGAUGGAAGUUGAGAGUUUGAUUGGCCUCUGUCGGAUUCGUCCGCCAUCCUGGUCAUCUUAACCCUGAUAAACGUUUUUUCCCGCGGAUUCUGGAAAGCGAUCAGCUCUGGACUUCCGCUUCGAGUAGGGACCAUCAGUGGAACCGGC